AUGGCUUUCUGCAACCCAACUGUAAUACAGUCCCUUUCCUUCCUUUUCUUCACUUUGCUCCUGCUUGCUUCUUCCAACUCCUAUGCCUUGAAUUCCAUCAGCACUGGCAUCACUAUUGGUUCUGUAGGCCAAGCUGAUGCUCUUCUCAAAUGGAAAGCUACUCUCAGCAACCAAAGCCAAUCUGUUCUCCAUUCAUGGGCACUACUACUUCAUCCUAAUGCCACCAACAAUUCCUCUCUGCGAUCUGACCCCUGCAUUAGUUGGGUUGGAAUUUCUUGCAACCAGAGAAGAAGCAUCACUGAAAUUAACUUACCAAGUAUGGGCUUGCAAGGUGCCAUUUUUUCUGCAUUUGAUGGAAUGUCUAGCUUGACAUCCAUUGAUAUAUCUUACAAUGAGUUCAAGGGUCCACUUCCGAACAGCAGAGCCUUUCAAAAUGCUACAAUAGAAGCUUUAAGAAACAAUAGAGCACUGUGUGGCAAAGCAAGUGGUUUGCAACCUUGCAAAUCAUCAAUAUCAAAAGGAGAAAAUGCAAAACCAGACCACAAAAUCCUGAUUAUUGUCUUGGUACCAUCGAUAGGUAUGUUAUUUCUUCUGUUUACUUUUGUUAUCGCUUGUGUUGUCUACCCAAGGGUAAGAAUUGUUGAGACAAAGCGAAGAGCAACACCACAUAACAGGGAUUUAUUUUCUGUAUGGAAUUACGAUGGAAGAAUAGCAUAUCAAGAAAUUAUUGAAGCAACAGAGGAUUUUGAUGAUAAGUAUUGCAUUGGGAUGGGAGGAUUUGGAAGCGUAUACAUAGCAAAGCUGUCGACGGGUCAAGUAGUCGCUGUCAAAAACCUUCACCAGCCGUUACAGGAAGAAUGUGAGAAUGCCAACACACGGGCAUUUAGAAAUGAGAUUUGUGCAUUGACAAAACUGCGACACCGAAACAUUGUGAAACUAUAUGGUUUUUGUUCAUUUACACAACACUCAUUUUUAGUUUUUGAGUAUUUUGAGAGAGGAAGCUUGGCUAAGAUCCUCAACAACAGUGAGCUUGCGUUGGAAAUGGAUUGGUUAAGAAGGAUUAAUGUUAUUAAAGGUGUAGCAAAUGCUUUGUCUUACAUGCACCAUGAUUGUUCACCACCAAUCAUUCACCGCGACAUAUCCAGCAACAAUAUUUUGCUGGAUGAAGAAUAUGAGGCAUGUGUGUCUGAUUUUGGCACUGCUAGACUUUUAAAGCCCGAUUCAUCCAAUUGGACUUCUCUGGCGGGGACGUGUGGAUAUGUUGCUCCAGAGCUUGCCUACACGAUGAGGGUGACCCGAAAAUGUGACAUUUACAGCUUUGGAGUACUAACAUUAGAAGUGCUGAUUGGAAGGCAUCCAAGUGAACUCAUCUCAGUACUAGUAUCAUCGUUCUCAAUAUUGCCAUUAACAAAGCAAAUGAUACUAUUGAGAGAUCUGUUGGACAAACGGGUCUCCCCUCCCACGAUUGAGAUUGUUGAAGAACUCUUAUCUGUGAUGAAGAUAGCAAUCUCAUGUUUAGCCACUAAUCCACAAUCUCGACCUGACAUGCAUUGUGUGUCUGAGAAACUAUCGUCUUGAAGCCAUCUUUUGUUUUGCAAUAUGCAUUGUUGUUGCUAUCCAACAUGUUCAUUGGAAAGCAGAUUGCCAGACUAAGAAAUUGU